AGACACGGGGACCCCCCCACGAAUUCGCACGUGGGCCUGCCAUGGCCUAUGGCAGCGUCGGCCGCAAGGGGCCGGGAUGGCAACAGACGGGCAGAUGCCGCAGAAGCCGACAUGCUGCUGGAGUGGCUCUUCUUGGGCAGCAAGGCUGCAGCAGAAGAGACCUUCCUGCAGAGGCACGGCAUUGGCUGUGUCCUGAGCUGCUGUAGGGCGCCCCUCUUGCCGUGCCCGACGAAGCAGCUGCCCAUGCAGGACUCGCCAGAGGAGCAGCUGGCGCCCUUCCUUGAGGAUGCGCUGGGCUUCCUCUCCGAAGCCAAAGCGCGAGGAGAGAAAUGCCUGGUGCAUUGCAGUGCUGGAAGCAGCCGCUCAGUGGCCAUUGUGCUGGCCUACCUGAUCCUCAGCGAGAAACUGCCUUUGUGCGAUGCCUUGGCACUCCUGCGAGCGAGACGCCCCAGAGCGCGGCCCAAUGUGGGCUUCGCCCGUCAGCUGAUUGAUUUGGAUCGAGCCACCCACGGCCACACCUCCGUGACCCUGGCGGACAUGGGCUUCGAUGACCAAUUCCACUGAGGGCUGUGACAGAUGCACAAGGGCCAAAGUGCCCUGGUUCGACUUGACCCCAAAAACCUAAGAGGUGCCAAAAGGUGCAG